AUGAAGUACCAUCGAAACCGCCGGAUUGCGGAUGAUCAAACCGAAAAAUGGCGGCAGAUAAUUACGAUAGGAACGAUUUUUCUAAUAUUACUCGCACAUUUGACUCCUUUCAAUCGAGCAGAAUCAAACCGUGUGAAUUUGCCUUGUCUGAGUAAUCCCUGCGUGUACGGAAUAUGCGUCGAUGAUGCUAACGGAACUUUUCUUUGUUACUGCGUAGACGGUUACACCGGUCAUUUAUGUCAAACAAAUUGGGACGAAUGUUGGUCGAAUCCAUGUUUGAAUGGAGGAACAUGCAAUGAUGGUAUUGCGCAAUACAAUUGUACAUGCCCUCAAGGGUACCAAGGAGAUCAUUGCGAACAAAACAUUAACGAAUGCGAUUCCAAUCCAUGUUAUAACAAUGGAACUUGUAUUGAUGGUUCAAAUGGUUACACUUGUGCCUGCCCAUCCGGAUACUUGGGAGAUUUUUGCGAAAACGACAUAUCCGUGUGUAAUGACACGCUUGAAGCAAAAUGUUUAAAUGGAGGUCUUUGCAUAGAGGGUCCAGGUUUAACUUUUAAUUGUAUAUGUCCGUUAGGUUGGUCGGGUCAAUUGUGCGAAAAUAAUUUAGAUGAGUGUUUGUCAUCACCUUGUCAAAAUGGAGCCAUUUGCCUGGAUUUACAUGCUUAUUAUGUCUGCGUAUGUCCAUUCGGAUUCACUGGAAGAAAUUGCGAAGUAGAACUUGAAAUGUGUGGCGAUUCAAGCCCAUGUCAAAACGGAGCCCUCUGCUUAGUAGAAGAUUGGUUAAGGGUUUGUUAUUGCGUACCUGACUUUCACGGAGAAAGGUGUCAAUUUCAGUACAAUGAAUGUCUUUUAGGUCCCGGAUGUCAAAACGGAGGAACGUGCAUCGAUGGAGUUGAUGGGUUUAAUUGUACUUGUCCGCCGGGAUGGACAGGGAAAUUUUGCGAAUGUUUAAUAGGAAGUGAUAAAAAAUUAGACUGCAGUUAUUUCAUCUCUUCUUUUCAUACAUCUUCGCCUAAAAAUUUAGAAAAGGUGCCAAUUUGGAAAAACAACGUGCCAAAAGAUCCUAAAAAAAUUUCUUCCACACCGAAAAGUGUAUCAUCGACAAAAAAAACAACACCUAAAUUUUUAUUUCCGUAUCCUACGCAAUGUUUUCCUAUUUGGCCUCAGUUUACGAUGCCUCCUUCACGUCCUAAAACCGCGAAAACCACUCAGAAGACAUUGAAAACUACCGUUUCGAGUACAACUCCUGGCACCUUAAGAACAUCCACGAUAAUUACAACGUUAACAUCGAAAGUUAAAAUCACAACUCCGAUGCCUUCUUUAACAAUUACAAAAACUACAUUUGAAACAACGCCCAUUCCUACUGAGAUUUUAACAACGGAAACUGAAACAUUUACAACUCAAACAGAACCCAAAACAACAACAACAACAACAACAAGUAUUGCACCUGAGACGAUACCAAUUACAAAAACAAUUUUAACUACAAUUACAUCACCUACAACCCCAAUCACUACAACCGAAACAAUGGUUACAACGGAACCACCAAUGUCUUUUACACAAGAAUUUCAAACAUCGGAAAUUAUCACAACAACAACAACAGAGCCAGAGCCGACAACCACUGAAUUAGUUACCACUGAAGAAAUCUUUUAUCAACCAUCGACAAAAUUUCAAAACGCCACAACCGAAACAAUUACUCUCACUACAGAAAAACCUACAACUACCCCUUUACAAAUUUCCUCUGUCUCUACCGAAUAUAGCAAUUUUACUACUCCGACCGUUUCCCAGUUAACGACUUCGAAACCCUGGCAUUGUAAAUCCAUGACAUGUUUAAAUGGAGGAACUUGUUUGAAUACAACAUACGGACCUAAAUGCGUUUGCAAGUUUAUUUGGGAAGGACGUUUUUGCGACAGUAAAAUCAACAUCAAAGUAGCCGGUUUUUCAAGGAAUUCGUAUGUCAGCCAUCGUUUGACGGAUACUCGAAACAUUAAAAUCGAUUUAACUGCAAGAACAAUAUAUCCCUCGGGAAUAAUAUUAUAUUCUCAUCUCGGUCCCAACAUAUUCAUAACUCUCUAUUUAGAAGAUGGUUUGUUAAAAUUUAAGUUUUCCUGUGGCGUGCAAACGAUGAUACUAAGCGAAAUACAAUAUUUGAUAAACAAUGGUUUUGAUUUUAAUGCGACAAUCACAUUAGAUUUUCAUUCUUCGAACAAAUAUCCAGAAUUCUGCGGUGCCACGGUAAGAUUAAAUAACACGCUGGCAAUGAGUGGAGAACAAAUAACGAGGGGCCCUCACGUGGACUCUACUUCAGCUUGGAUUUACGUCGGAGGAAUUCCAAAUCAAUACGUAAAUCCGGAAGAAACUCCGGUUUUCGAAGGUUUUAUCGGUUGUAUACAAACUUUGAUUAUUAACAACGAAACAAAAGGAAUUUUUAAAGAUUCUUUCGACAGCUACGGAAUAUCGGAAUGCAAAUCCCUGGCUUGCCUUUCUAAUCCGUGUAGGGGAGGAUCAACUUGUAUUGACUUCAACAACACUUGGGCUUGCAUGUGUCCGCCUGGAUUUUUAGGUCGAUUUUGCGAAAUAUCAAUUUGUAAUAAUAACCCAUGUCAAUUCGGAGGAACUUGCGCACCCUUUCCAGGAAGCGGAUUUGUGUGCCUUUGCCCAAUCGGAAAAAAUGGCUUAUUUUGCGAAAACAGUAUAGACAUUGAAUAUCCACUUUUUGCAUCCUCCAUUAACGGACUCUCAUCAUUCGCUGCGUAUAAAAUACCGACCGAAAUUUACCAAGACAUGCAAUUAACAUUUAAAUUUAUAUUUCACGAUAUAGAACAAAUCUCACUUAUGCUUUUUAUGGGUCAAGAUGGUUAUCACGGGUCAACGUCAGAUCAUUUGGCGGUGAGCUUUAUUAAGGGUUACAUUGUAUUGACCUGGAAUUUAGGUUCAGGGCCACGUAGGAUUUUCACUCCGCAUCCCGUUUCCUACACGGGACAUUUGUUUCACACCGUUCAAAUAGGAAGAGCUGGUCAGAGGGCUUGGCUUAUAGUUGACGACCAAAGAAACGUUACCGGAAAAUCACCGGGAAAAUUAACUCAACUCAAUGCUCGGUCAAUCCUUUAUUUGGGAGGACACGAAUCGAGAAAUUUUUCCCUGCUUCCGCACGAUUUACCUUUGCAUACUGGAUUCACCGGAUGUUUGUUCGACGUGGAAAUAAGAACCGGACAAAUGCUGAUAAAAGUAGACAAAUCUCAACCGAUUUUCAGCAGGGGAAUCAGUCAAUGCGGAACGACGAUGUGCAAUGAGAAUUCAUGCGAAAAUGGCGGCGGAUGCAUAGAUCACGGGGCGACUUUCACAUGUCUAUGCAAAGACGGAUGGUUCGGACCGACUUGUUCUAUGAAAUACAAUCCGUGUGAUACAACUCGCCAAAACUGCAGUGAGGGAUCAACAUGCGUACCACUUCGAGAGGGAUUUUUUUGCGACUGUCCGAUAGGAAAAACAGGAAAAUAUUGCGAAAAAAGCGAGGAACUUUCUGACAUAAAAUUCAAAGGGAUUCGGUCGUACUUAGGACUUUCAGUUGAAGGAUUGCAUCAGUUUCAGUCUUGCAUUAAUUUAGAAAUUCGACCUUUGAGCAAGCACGGAUUGAUAUUAUAUUCAGGACGACCAGAAGGACAAAGUUUUUGGUCGCUGUCUCUGCAAGAUGGAAUGAUCGAAUUGAGAAUUUCAAUGGGUUUCCGAAGAAGGCGAGGAGAUAUAUUGACGAUUAAAUGUAAAAAAGUACUCGAAUUGGGAAAAUGGCAUAAAAUUAGAGCCGGAAGAUACGGUAGAAGAAUAUUUCUUUGGACGGAGGGAACAGUUAGCACCGGAGUAUUAUUACCCGGGGAAAACGUGUCACCCAGUUCAAAUUUUAUCUAUAUAGGUGGAGCUCCCGAUUUGUCAAAAUUACCUCUCGGAGUUAGUGGGAAAAUUUUAACAUAUUUCGAAGGUUGCAUAAGAAGAUUUAAUACUCAAUGGAAGGAAAUACCUUUGACGAAUAAUAACAUUAUAGAAGGACGAAACGUAGAAGAUUGUGAUGGCACAUUAUGCGGUGCUGACUUUUGCUACAACAGAGGAACUUGUCACAUUGAUGCGAACGAGGCACCCAUUUGCACUUGUUUAAAGCAAUUCGUCGGAAGAAGAUGUGAAAACAGAUUAUCUUGCAAAGAGAUGAACUGUCAAAAUAAAGGCAGAUGCAUAGAUAAUAAUAAUAAUUACGUACCGACCUGUAAUUGCCCCAACGGUUGGGGCGGAGAUUUUUGCGAAUCGACUCUUUCCGUACAUGCCCCUCAAUUCGGUGGCAACAGUUACCUCUUGAUAGAUCGAUCACACAUGAAUGCAAAUUCGAAAAAAAGAGACCUGGGAGAAAAAUUCGAAGUGAACAGUAUUUAUUUAAAUUUUACAACGCCGGAGGAAAAUGGUCUUUUGCUUUGGACUUCAACUGAUGGCAAUCAAAAAGAAUUUUUAGGAAUCGGAAUCGAAAAUGAAAAAAUGAAAUUCGUAUGGAGUUGGGAAGGAUACAACACAACGGUGGUCACACCCAACAAAAUCAUUGCAGAUGGCGUUUGGCACGAUUUGACGAUAGAUUUUGAAUUAUCCAACGUAACGAUAUGGAUGGAUGGCCGCAUUGUUUGGGUUUCCAACGAGACUCAUGAAACUGAUCAUCAACUCGCAACGAAUGGAAUAUUUUUUCUGGGAGGAUUUCCGGAAACGAACGAAAUAUCCAACAAAACUCACAAUUACUUUACCGCAGGGUUCAAAGGGUGCCUACAGCAAGUUAAAUGGGGAACCGAUUUACCCGUUUACAAUUUUACUAAAUUCACGGGUGAAAAUAUCCGUACCUGCGAUCCUUUCGGUAUUACUUAA